GAGAAUAUGUAAUAACGUUUUUAUCAGUUGUAAUCUAUGAAUACGAGAACGAAUCUAUUAGUGCUCUGUCACUCGACUCUUAUCGGCCCAGGUUAUCGACUACACCUUGAACAUUGUUCCCCUGCCAAAAGCUUCGAAUUCGUAAAUUCUAUGAGGUCACGACAUCCGCUCUUUUGUGACGAGCAUUCGUCAUCUCUUAUAUGUCUGACUCAUACUUUGGGUCUCUGAGACAAACUCUACCAUUUAUAAUAAAAAGUUCCAUACCAAAAUUAAUUCUCAUUCAUUCUUAUAAUUUUGUCAAUUUGGGAGAUCAGGUUCUUAAAAUAUAAAUUGUUUGAAUAAAGCAAUUUAAUAUUUUUUGUAAAUAGAUUUUGUAGAUGCUUGACCACGAAGAGUAUCCCACACAUCCGCAGCAUCCUACUUGCCUCCACAUGUUCCAAGCAUGCGCCCAGUAGGCAUCUGAGAAUUAUCGCAGUCCUUGGUCACAGUCGACGCAUAGUCAAAUUGAAAAGCGUAGCGAAGAUGAUAACCGUCCGUGCACGUCACUGCUUAUCAGUAACGUUAUCGUCAAAUACCGAGGUUCUGGUGGUAGGUCGUAGUUGUUAGUCGGCCUGCAUCGACCGGUGCACGUGGUACUAGUACGAUACCCUGUGACGAGAAGCAGCAGAACCGUCAGCUGAUCGCCAUGUCCGCCACCACGAAUCUGGCGUUGUUGAGCAAGAAACAGGUGCAGGGUUUCUUGAAUUCCUUCGACGUCGUCAUGUCGGACUGCGAUGGUGUCAUUUGGUACCUGGAGAAGCCGAUCUCGGGGGCGAUCGACGCGCUGAGGAGCCUGCAGGACUGUGGGAAGAGGAUGUUCCUUGUGACCAACAACAGCUAUAGCAGCGUGGAGCAUUACUGUGAGAGGUUGAGGUUGAGUGGAAUGGAAGUCAAGUCGGAGCAAGUAAUAAACACAGCAAAGGUGAUCACCUGGUACCUGAAGAAGAUCGAGUUCAAAGACGAGGCGUUCGUAAUCGCGUCAACGUCAUUUCGAAAAACAUUGACCGACGCAGGCAUCAAAUUAUCCCCAGCAGAUCUGGACGUUGCUGAAGGGGAUGUGCGCGCCACAAUAAAGGCGCUUGAGGACCGACCAUCAAUCAAGGCAAUCAUUAUCGACUUUUGUAUGUUCUGUGACUGGUCCAAAUUAACGUUUGCUAUAUCUUGUUUGAAGAGGAAUGACGUUCUUUAUCUUUGCGGAGCUCAGGAUCAGUGGAUUGUUUAUGGCCUGGAUAAAAGAUUUUUAGGUCCAGGUCCCCUGAUCGAAAUAAUCACCAAGCACAGCGGAAAGACCCCCAUCCCCUGUGCAAAACCCAGCGAAGUACUAAAAAGCUACGUUCUAGAAAACUGCAAAGUGGGCGACCCAAAAAGAUGUUUGUUCAUCGGCGAUACGAUCAAUUACGACAUGAAGUUCGCGACGAUGUGUGGGUUCCAAAAAUUGCUGGUUGAUACUGGCCUCGAUAACAUCAAGGACGCGGAACUGAACGAGGAAACGCGUCCGGAUUACUACAUCCCCAGUUUGGGGUUGUUGCACCCCAUUAUCGAUUCGCUGCGGAAUGACUCUGUGAACGGAGAGAAAUGAACGACACAGCCCCGCCAUUUAUAACUCUAAGAGUAUAGCAAGGGUACAAUGUAAAUAUGGGAUCCUCCCACAGAAUUCUUUAACUUCAACCUUGUAAAUUUUAGAAUUAUGCAACAGAUCUGUGAAAGAGGUACAAUAACUAUUUGUAAAUAAUUAUCGGGAGAAAGGUGGUAGACAAAAUGGCAGUGCGAUCUAUCGUGACAUGUCGGAAGUUCGAGCUUCCGUAUAUCGCUGACAGAUGACGCCAGUAUUGCUCAUAGUGAUACAAAAUAUUGUUACCGUAUUUGAAUAAUUAGUUAACCGAACUUUCUAUCGUAAUAGACAUUUUUGACACGAUGUACAAUGGCCUUGUAAAAUAAAGAGAAGUGACCUUGA